AUGUUGUCCAAAUGUUUUGGCCUCCAUCUCCAUCUCCAUCCCCACCCCCACCUCUCUUCCACCUCUUCAAUCACCAAAAACUCGAGACUUUUUCUAUCCUCAACUACAAAACUAAAUGCAACACAUAGCCGAAACCAAAUUCACUCUUCCCUUCCGGCAAGAAAAUACUCCAGGUUGACUCCAAUGGCAUCAAGCCAAUCAUCAAAAAACGAUCAAUUUGAGCCCGAUCCAACACUCACCAAUGAUGAUCUCAGACCAACAACACAUGCUGAACGGACAUAUUCCGGCUGGGAACUGGCUAGUCUAUGGAUCGGUCUUGUUGUAGGUGUGCCAACAUAUUACUUGGCAGGUAGUCUUGUUGACCUUGGCAUGGCAUGGUGGCAAGGAAUUGCGACAGUUGUUGCUGCCAACAUAAUCCUGUUAGUCCCAUUAAUCCUUACAGGUCAUCCAGGCACUCAUUACGGCAUCUCUUUCCCGGUCUUGGCAAGAUCUUCUUUUGGAAUUCGAGGUGCACAUAUUCCUACUCUACUUAGAGCAUUGGUUGGCUGUGGCUGGUAUGGUAUUGAGACUUGGAUUGGUGGUCAGGCAAUUUUCAUUCUUCUACCAAAAUUUAUUAAAGAAUAUUCUUCAUUUUCUCAGUUUUUACCUUGGCUUGGCACUUCUCGGUUGGAAUUUGCUUGCUUUAUUGUUUUCUGGGUAGCACAAAUGACUAUAGUUUGGAAGGGGAUGGAAGGAAUUAGAGAGCUUGAGAAGUACUCAGCUCCCAUUUUAAUCACACUCACUUCUUGUUUACUCAUAUGGGCUUAUGUGAAAGCUGGUGGUUUUGGUCACAUGCUCUCUUUGUCCUCUAGGUUGUCUUCAUCUGAGUUUUGGGCUCUGUUUUUUCCUUCGCUUACCGCAAAUAUAAGUUUUUGGGCUACGCUUGCACUUAACAUACCAGAUUUUACACGAUAUGCCAGGAGCCAAACUGAUCAGAUUAUUGGCCAUGCUGGUCUUCCAAUUUUCAUGGGGGCAUUUACGUUUGUUGGCUUAGCAGUAACCUCAUCCACCAGAGUGAUUUUUGGUCAUGUGAUAUCUAGUCCAAUUAAACUCCUUGAGCAAAUUGGAGGGCUCACAACAAUGAUCUUAGCUAUCAUUGGAAUUAGCCUAGCCACCAUCACAACAAACAUUGCUGCCAAUGUUGUAGCACCAGCCAAUGCACUUGUAAAUCUUAGCCCUUCAAAGUUCACAUUUAGGAGAGGAGCUCUUUUGACUGCGUUACUUUGUAUUGCUUUUCAACCUUGGAGGCUUCUACAAUCAAGCGAGAGCUUUGUAUAUACUUGGCUAGUUGGCUACUCAGCCCUCUUGGGUCCUAUAGGAGGCAUAGUUCUAGCAGAUUAUUAUCUUAUUCGAAAGACUGAUUUAAGUGUGAAGGACUUAUAUUCUUCAAGUCCUUAUGGGGCAUACUAUUAUUCAGGGGGUUAUAAUUUGGCAGCAAUGGCUGCUCUUAUUAUUGGGAUUUUGCCAGUAAUACCAGGUUUACUGCAAAAGGUAGGGCUUUUUUCUGCUAUUCCAGAAACUUUCUUGGUCAUCUACAAUAAUGCUUGGUUUUUUAGCUUUUUCUUGUCAGGUUUUCUGUAUUGGUCUGUUUCGAUUCUAACAGGAAACCAGAAGAAGUCACUGCCUAGAGAUCCCCUCUUGCCUAGCGAAACUUGA